CGCGGGGCACUCUGGGAAGCACAAUCUGCGCUCCGGAAAGCACUUUCCCAGUCCCGCCCUCGUGGACGUGGCGGUGCCCACUUGGGCCGCAUCCCUCAGCUUUGCGUUUUGGCCAGGGCGGGGUUCUGGGCUUUAGGCAGGUUUUGACAUGUAGUGAAGUCUAGUCGUGAACUACGUAUCCCAGCCUGGCCUGGAACUCACAAAAUCCACCUGCCUCAGCCUCCCAAGCAUGCAGAGAUUAGAGGGUGAUAUUUAGUUUCACAAUGUUUGGGGACCUAUUUGAAGAGGAUUAUUCCAGUGUGUCAGAUAAUCAAUAUGGAAAAGGGAAGAAACUAAAGACUAAACCUUUGGAGCUUCCUGCUCCUAGAGAAUUCACCAAUUUGAGUGGAAUCAGAAAUCAGGGUGGAACAUGUUACCUCAAUUCCCUUCUUCAGACUCUGCAUUUCACACCUGAAUUCAGAGAAGCUUUAUUUUCUCUUGGUCCGGCAGAGCUUGGUUCUUUAGAGGAUAAGGAUAAGCCUGAUGCAAAGGUUCGAAUCAUUCCUUUGCAGUUGCAGCGCCUGUUUGCUCAGCUUCUGCUCUUAGACCAGGAAGCUGCGUCCACAGCCGACCUCACUGACAGCUUUGGGUGGACCAGCAAUGAGGAAAUGAGACAACAUGAUGUACAGGAACUGAAUCGAAUUCUCUUCAGUGCUUUGGAAACUUCUUUAGUUGGGACCUCUGGACAUGACCUCAUCAAUCGUCUGUAUCAUGGAACAGUUGUUAACCAGAUCGUUUGUAAAGAAUGUAAAAACAUAAGUGAAAAGCAGGAAGACUUCUUAGAUCUGACAGUAGCUGUCAAAGAUGUGUCUGGUUUGGAAGAUGCUCUCUGGAGCAUGUAUGUGGAAGAGGAAGUUUUUGACUGUGACAACUUGUACCACUGUGGAACUUGUGACCGGCUGGUUACAGCAACAAAGUCGGCCAAAUUACGUAAGCUGCCUCCCUUUCUAACGGUUUCAUUACUAAGAUUUAAUUUUGAUUUUGUAAAGUGUGAACGCUACAAGGAAACUAGCUGUUACACAUUCCCUCUCCGGAUCAACCUCAAGCCUUUUUGUGAACAGAGUGAAUUGAAUGACUUAGACUAUGUAUAUGACCUCUUCUCAGUCAUUAUACACAAAGGUGGCUGCUAUGGAGGACAUUAUCAUGUAUAUAUUAAAGAUGUUGAUCAUCUGGGAAAUUGGCAGUUUCAAGAGCCAGAUAUGAGUUUGAAAGCUCUUCAGAAUGAAGAAGACAUUGAUGAUCCAUUGACAGUUCUAAAAGCACUCUUACAACAGGAGGAGAAUAAUCUAAUUCCUGUUGAUCAACUAGGCCAGAAACUCUUGAAAAAGAUAGGAAUAUCUUGGAACAAGAAGUACAAAAAGCAGCAUGGACCACUGCUAAAGUUCUUACAGGUCCAUUCUCAGACAUUUCUGCUCAAUUCAGAUGCAAGUACGGUUAGUCUACAGAAGAAGUUUUCUCUUCAGGCUGGGUCUGGUUACCAAAGUAACGGGCAGCAGAUUCUCCAGAUGCACCCUUCAAAACCCCCAGGAUCAAAUGAUAGCCCCACUUGUCCCCACUGGUUUGAUAUAAAUGAUUCCAAAGUCCAGCCAAUCAAGGAAAAGGAUAUUGAACAGCAAUUCCAGGGUAAAGAAAGUGCCUACAUGUUGUUUUAUCGGAAAUCCCAGUUGCAGAGACCACUUGAAGCUCGAGCUAAUCCCCGAUACAGGGUUCCUUGUCAUUUGCUGAAGGAAAUGGAUGCAGCCAACAUGGAACUGCAGAUGAAAAGGGCAGAAUGUGAUUCUGCAAACAAUAAUAUCGAUUUACAUCUCCACAUGGGGCCUCAUUAUCAUUUCUUCAAUGGAGCUCUGCACCCAGUAAGCUGUCAGACAGAAAGUGUCUGGGAUUUGACCUUUGAUAAAAGAAAAACUCUAGGAGAUCUCCAGCAGUCAAUAUUUCAGCUGUUAGAAUUUUGGGAAGGAGACAUAGUUCUCAGUGUUGCAAAGCGUGUUCCAGCAGGACUUCAUGUUUACCAGGCACUUAAUGGAAAUGAACUAACAUUAUAUGAAGUUGGAAUUGCUGAUGGGGAAGACAUCUUUGUGUGGAACGGAGUGGAGGUUGGUGGUGUCCAGAUUCCAACUGGUGUGGACUGUGAGCCCCUGCUGCUGCAUAUCCUUCACCUGGAGACAAGCGGUGACGGCCAAAGUUGUGAGCAGUUGGUAGAGGCUCCGCACAUCUUUCCAGCCAAUGCAGCAGUGAGCACCGUGCUCACAGCACUGGCCCUGCCCGAGGGUGUCAUCUUCACACACAGUGCCUGGUCUGCAGGGGAAGCGAGCUGGACCCCUAUUUCUCAGGAAGACAUGCAGAGAACAUUCAGAGAACAUGGGCUCAAGGACGGAAGCUCAGUCUUAGUUCAGGAUUCUUACAGCGGUGAUAACAGUGUGUUGCCCCAAGGAGGGAAUUGGAUCCCUGGUAUGAGGGAGGUGGACUGGCUAGAAGUUAAAAAUUUAUGCCAGUUAGAAUCCGGAGAGAAGCGAGUUAAGAUAGUAGCAGCUGCUAACACAGUGGUGUUUGAUAUUCGAAUUAAAGCCAUAAAGGAAUUAAAAUUAAUGACGGAACUAGUUGAGAACAGCUGUUUGAGACCUAUUGAUAGACAUGGGAAGCUUCUUCAUCCAGUGCCAGACAGUUCCACUUUGAAGGAAGCAGAAGUGAAGCUGGGAAGCUCCCUGGGGCUGUGUCUUGGGAAAGCACCGACCUCGUCUCAGCUGUUCCUGUUUUUCGCUCUGGGGAGUGACAUUCAACCUGGAACAGAAAUGGAGGUCAUAGUAGAAGAAACACUCUCUGUGAGAGACUGUUUAAAGAUAAUGCUGGAGAAAUCUGGUCUGCCAGGGGAUGGGUGGCAUUUGCGGAAAAUGGACUGGUGCUAUGAAGCCGGGGAGCCUUUGUGUGAAGAAGAUGUGACUCUGAAAGAGCUUAUGAUAUGUUCCGGAGAUACUUUGCUUUUAAUUGAAGGAAAACUUCCACCUCCGGGUUUCCUGAAGGUGCCCAUCUGGUGGCACCAGCCACAGGGUCCCUCAGGAUGCUGGGAGAGCCGAGACCAGCCCCACAGCAGCCCUGCUGAAGGUGGCAGCUGGAGAGCUGCUGCCACCCAAGGCGUUCCUGGCCAUGUGCCUGCAGAAGUCCCUCUCCUCUUCCUGGGGGACUUAGACAUCUCGGAGGAUGCCCGGCUGCUGGACCUGAAGUCUCAGGCCCGGGCCUUGCCACCCGCCUCAGAGCUGGCUGUCCCGGGCCCAGCCCUCCUCAGAGCCUGGACCCUGGAGAACAAGCGCCCCGGCAGGCUCCUGCGCGCUAAUCGGCAGCAGCUCAAGGAAUACAAACUGGGACGGAGAGCCGCCAUCUGCCUGGAGCCCCUGCAGAAGGAAGAACACUUAGGCCCGCAGGAGGUACUGCUGAGGACACAGAUGCGCAUCCCGGGGCAGAGGCUCUACGCCCCGGCCGUGGACUUGGUGUGGGACACUGCCCGAGGCAGCACUGCUGGGGCCCUGCGUCAAAGAGUGGCCGAUUGCUAUGCUCUUCCUGUGGAGAAAAUUGAAAUUGCCAAGUACUUCCCAGAGAAGUUUGAGUGGCUUCCCAUCUCCAGCUGGAACCAGCAAGUUACCAGGAAGAAAAAGAAGAAAAAGCAAGAUAAUUUGCAAGGCGCACCCUAUUAUUUAAAAGAUGGAGACACAAUUGGUAUUAAGAAUCUCCUGGUUGACGACAACGAGGAUUUCAGUACAAUCAGAGACGACAUUGGAAAAGAAAACCUGAAACAGCAAGCACUAGGGAAAAGGCUCAGCCGGGAAGCCCUGCGCGCACAGAGCGGCGACAUGCUCUCCAGUUCUGGGACGCCUGCUCGGCCCCGAGGACCUGAAGCUGCUCUGUCAAUCCACGUGGGCAGCUUCCGAUAGCACUGGGGCUGGCACUGUGCUGUGGCUGUGGGCUUUGUGACCAGACAAGCAAGUGCGCCACACUGAGCCUGCUACGCCACACCUGCACACCUGCUUUGCCGAGUGAGCUGGACAUACGUGUGCAUGUGUAACACGAUUCCCAUUGCUGUCCCACAUGCAGCUGGUGUGCCCAUGAGCACUGAGCAGCAAAUCCACCCUCCAGUGCUCACAGGUAGCUUCCAAAUAUCAAGCAAAACUGGCCUCAAAGCCCUUACCUCCAAGUCAGCUGACAGCCACAGAGUUCAGGAUGUCUCAGUGCCACCUGCAGUGCUACAGCCUCUGCUGUCAGAAGGCAGCAGAGUCAUUGGGGACAAGCCUGUCACAGUCAGGGCCACCACUCAGGGCUGGCCGAGCUGAAUUCCCGAGCAGCCUCCGUUCACACCAGGGAAGGUGAGGCUGAAACUUCCACCAGUGUAGACAGAGGGCCUCGAGUGGGCUCAGGACACACACCUGAGGCGGGAGACGGAUGACAGCAGCCAUGGUUGCCUUCCCCGGUUCGGGCCCUCCAAGAUGGCCCUGCCCCUCUCCCUGUGCUCCUCCAGGCAUCCCUGCAUGCCGGUGGAGGCACUGACACAGCCCGGCACCUGGUGAGUGCUGGCACACUGGUGCCAAGAAGCGAAGGGCAAGGACCGGUGGGAAGGCACGCAGCCCAAGACUGCCUAGACAAUGCAGCCUGCAGGGAGUGCCCGCUCUGGCCUUUUUCUUCACUUGGGGGCUGGCGGGGGUAAGCAUAGAGAAAGCUCGAAGAUUAAAAACGCCUUUGCAGGUGCCAAGGUGCUCAGUUUUUAUGCUGGCCUGCUCCCCAGUGCAGGGGCUUGGCGCCAUGUUCAGGACCAUGCACAGCCUGCCAGGGAAUCUGAACUGCCGCAAAGCUCCUCUUCCCUCUGGGGCUGGGCCAGGCCAGGCCUGGCCAUGGUGGCACCACCGCAGGAAGCAGAAACAGACUGCUGCGGUGAUGGACAGCUGCUAGAGCAGUGGGGCAAGUGUCCCCGUGAGGGACCUGGGCAGCCCCUGCUGCAUCCUGCUCCUGAUGAUGGUGCCUGCCGCAGUACAGCUGUCAUAGAGUACAACAAGCAAGCCACAUGGUGGGGACGAAGGGGGAUUCGUGCUGGGAGGACACUGUGACCCCAACACAGGUGUGGGGACUACAGCACGAAUCCCCCUUCCCCACACCGUGUGGCUUGCGCCCAGCUCCUGGCCGAAGUUUUAACUCAGUAUGCCACACCCUGUAUCCUGAAGACAAUAGCUUUCUGUUUCCCUUGGAAGCCACCAAAAAUUUGACUAUUUUUGGAACAGAUGAAAAGCAACUGAAUUCAGUUCAGCAAUGUUUUAUGUCAGAGCACGAAGAAUGAGAACAAGGACUCUGACAGCGGAAGAUCAAAAACAGGCUCAUUUUAUUUAUACACAGAAUGAUGUAUGUACAGCUUGCCAACGGGCCUAUGUACAGAUCCACACGCGGCGUCUGUGGCCAGGUGGUCACCAUAUAAAUUAGUAUAAAUAUGAGGGGUACCCACCAGGGCACAAGACCUCUUCAGGACCCCAGGGGCCUCCCUGCUGCCCUCCUUCCACAGACAGGACACCAACCUGCAGCGCCCUGGGGAUGCAGGGCAGCCUGUGCCCAGCUGCCAGGUCCUGAACUGCUUGCACUGGACCUUUCACAUCUCUCUAGCAUAAUUAAGCGCUUUUUACAUAAACCGUCUUUUUAUACAAACUGUCAA